AGCAAUCAUAGGGGUGAACGGAACUUGAAUGAAAUUAGGUUCCCAUUUUGCAUUACCUUGGGAUUAUUAAUGAUCUUAGGUGUUUGUUAAUUUAAAAACUGGCAUCAACCAUAUGAUAAAACAUUAAAGAACAAGAUUUCCAAACCAUACUCAGAUCCCACAAUCCCAUAAUUACUACUACUAAUAUUCAUUCAUGACAUAAAUACACAAGCAAGAGGAGUUGACAAGGAUAAAAUGGGAAACCUGAAGUAUCUUACAGGUGAGAAAGAUAAGACAUGAGUUUCCUCUAAGCUUCUUCAUAAUUUGCAUGCCAAAACACCAAUAAUAAAAUACUACAGAAAAGUCAGAUCAUCCAUGAUUUAUACAUUGAAUAGGAGAAUUAAGAAAUAUAAGAGGACAAAACAAAAGGAAAUUAACAAUACUAGUGUCAGAAGUUUUUUUUUGUUUUCAACAAUUCUCAAUCUCUGUCCAAUUAACUGUUUCUCUCGGAGAGUAGAAGAUUUGAAGAUUGUAUGUUAAUUUAUUCUGCCAUUUUGGAUCUUGGGUCUGUCUAAAAAGUGGUUUGAAAGAAUGGGUAAAACAGGGAAAUGGAUCAAGAAUUUAUUUACAGCAGGAAAGAAAGAAGAACUGAAGAAAGGAGAUUCACCAAUUUCUAUUGGAUAUCCUGUUUUAAUUCAACCACAUACAGCAAGGGAUACUAGAAGAAGAUGGAGCUUUAGAAGAUCAACAGCUACAAGAGAUUCAUCCAAUCCUAUGGAAUCAGUUGCUACAACAUGUAUUAAAGAAGUUCAGUCAAUGAUGAAUUCACAAAAUGAAUCAGCAGAAGAGAAAAAACAUGCCAUGGCUAUGGCUGCUGCUACUGAUGCUGCUUUGAAAGCUGCACAAGCAUCGUCCACUGAAAUUCACUUAAGAGUUGUUUCUACGAUUGAGUCUAAUUUGAGUAUUACGGAGAAACAGGAUAAUUCAGCUCAAGAAUUUGCUGCCAUCAAAAUUCAAUCCGUUUUCCGUUCCUAUCUGGCCAGGAAAGCUUUAUGUGCAUUGAAAGGAUUAGUAAAAUUGCAAGCAUUAGUAAGAGGUCACCUGGUGAGAAAACAAGCUAAUGCUGCUCUGAGAUGCAUGCAAGCAUUGGUGUCGGUACAAGCUCGGACUCGAGCUCAUAGGAUUUUAAUGGCUCAAGAAUCACAUCCCAUUACACAGAAACAAUUAACUCACAGAAAGCCUCCACACCCACAUCUCCAAGAAAAUCGUCUUCGUCAGACGUACAAUAAUGACAUGGAGGGGAACAUUAAGAUCGUCGAAAUGGAUGUCGGAGAGCUCAGCAGUUCAACUCACAGGUCAAGUUACUCCAACAAACAAACUGAAAUGGGAGAUCCUAGAUUCUCUACAUAUAAUUCUAGCCACCAAGAUCAUAGUCUUCACCAAAUUUCACCUUCGCAAUCAGCAUUAACUGAUAUAAGCCCAAGAACAUGUAGUGGAUAUUUUGAGGAUUAUUCAAUGAACUAUGAACCAAAUAGCCCUCAAGCCUCUGUAUCCAAACCAGGAACCCCUUUAACAGACUACCAGUUUUUUCCAAGUUACAUGGCUAAUACCGAAUCAUCCAAGGCAAAAGUAAGAUCACAGAGUGCUCCGAAGCAAAGGCCGGCUGAUUCAUACGAGAGACAGCUCAGUAACAAGCAGAAGGUACCAACGGGUGGAAGAAAUGCACCUCGAGCGGUGAAAAUGCAGCGUUCAUCUUCGCACAUGGGUUCAGCUGUUGUAGAGUACAGGAAUCCUUGGUCAACUAAGCUUGAUAAAUCGACAGUCUCGUUGUACAGCGAGUGUGGUUCUUCCAGCACAGUCCUCACUAAUUCUAAUUACUGCAGAUCUCUGGUAGGAUAUGAGCUCCGCGGGAGUAGGCGUUGACUGCUCAUUUUUCUAUGCCAGCAAUCCACACGCACUCAAAAAUGGAUAUACCAAAUUAUUCAAACUUCCAAUUCAGAAGUUAUCGCAGCACAAAUUCAUCAGAAGUAGAUGCUGCUAAAUCCUAAUUUUCGUAUUUAUUUCAUGACUCCAGUAUUUUUUCCAAGGAAGACUUAAAUCCAAGCUUCCUUGUUUUGUGUUUCUGCAAAUAAAAAGAUGUUUUGCUUUAAAGAUUUUGGCCACAGAAAUAUGUAAAUGACUCGAUAGUGAAUCCGUCAACCUUGUGUGAUUGUAAAUUUUAAGAAGUUAUAUUCUCUUAAA